CUGCUGCCCCCCAUUAGAUCUUCUGCCUUGCUGUCUCCCUCACCCAUCCAGUGCUUUGCUCUGCCUUCUAUGCCCUUUCCCCAGCUCCCAUUUCCCCUGCAGCCUCCCAGUUAGGGCCUCUGCUUUGCGGUCUCCAAGUUCCCAUGUGCCUGGCUGUCCCCCACAGCUCCUUCCCCUGGUGCCUGGGGCUUCCCCCUGGCCCUUCCACCCAGUCCCUUGUUUUGUGCUUCCCCCUCACUUCUGUCUCUUUCUCCCCCUCCGGACUUCUCAGGACCUCGGGAGUGAAUUGAGGUUUGCCUCCCUUCCUAGCACAGCAUGGGGGGCUGCUGCUGAGCUCUUUAGAAAAAGGGGGGGCAUUUCAUGUAGGUUCUUGGACGCCCUUGUGGGUGAGUCCCUUUGAAAAUGCUUUGGUGUGCUACAUUGUGCCAACCAGGAAGUGCAGGACAACUGGAUCCCAGAGCUCCUAGGAUUAGAUGGGCAAAGGCACACAGAAGGAGAAAGCUGAACCGGCGAAGCUGCUUAAAGUCCAAGGAGAUGCAGAGAAAGGAGCAAAGUCAGAUUAUGCCCCCGACACUGUUUGCAUAAAGCUCUCAGCCCGUAAAUCCAUAGUUGGAGUCACAUGCUUGAUCGGUAUCGUGACCAUCCUCAUCCUCAUUCUGAUAGUAGCUCUGGCAGUGGUAAUAUCUCCUGUCCCCAAGUCUCUUCUUUCUGAGCCCUGCUGUCCAGACGGCUGGGUCGGGUACCGAGGGAAAUGUUACUAUUUCUCAGAGGCGGAAGGGAACUGGGAAUCCAGCCAGCACAACUGCUCUUCCCUCGGUGCCUCCCUGGCUGCAAUUGAAACCCCACAGGACCUGGCUUUCCUGAUGCGCUAUAAGGGACACACUUACCACUGGAUUGGCCUGCGGAGGGAAGAAAGCGAGCCCUGGAAAUGGGUGGAUGCAACAGAAUUCAACAACAUGUUUGUGGUGAGGGGAGGAGGAUACUGCGCGUAUCUGAAUGACGUGGCCGUCAUCUCCUCGAGAUGCCAAACGGAGAAGAACUGGAUCUGCAGCAAACCCAGCCUGCACCUGAUGAGGGGCUAGACUGGGAUGGAACAGAAGAGGCCUUAAAACGAUGAAGAGAAGCCACCGACUAUUUACUGUUGUAUUCAACAGGACAGUUAAUUCACCCUUAUUUCAAAGUUUUUGUAGAGCAAUGUUCCCGUUUUAUCAAAAACCUGCAACUGAUAUUUUUUAUUCCCAAAUUUAGUGCUUUUAAUUAGGCACCUUCUGCAUGUCUAGUCUUCACCCAGCUGGAAUGCAGUGGAAAAUAUGCUCCAUUUUCUUUUGAAAUAAAUUGGAGAAGAGUGUUUUUUUUCAAA